AUGGACGUUGAGAAUGGGACCCCUAGCCGAGCAAGUGCUAACAUGUUUAUCGAGCUCUCCGAACUGACAGCUGGGGUACCAAGGAAUUGGCAAACAGAGCAAGAUACGGCAACUGUGUCAUGCCGCUACUGGCAUGAACGCUACCGUUGGGUGGAGAUGGAGGAGGCCUUGGACGACGCCGUUGGCGAAUUCGCGCCGCCGGAGAUGUCUAAAUUUACUUUUGAGGAUCUCAGCAUCUUCAGAAGCCAAAUUAAGAAAGACCUUGUUUUCAAGGUGGCGGACUACGCCACAGUUGAGGAAGCCUUUGAUGGCCUGCCCCCGAUUUGUUCAAAGUCGGACGAACUUCUAAUGAGUAGCACACGUGGUGGUUACUGCAUUCCAUUUUAUCAUCCACAAGUAGCAAACCAGAACAGGGUUCUUCGAAAGCUAUCAACUGACAGCCACCGGUCGUCGGAAAUACCGAUGAACAAGGACCUUACCAGAUGUCUUUCACCCACGUCAACAUCAUGCUGUAUUCUUGCCGGCUGUUCUCCCGAUCUGGAAAGUCCUAUGUUCCAAGUUCUGCGGUUUAAAACACCGGUAGAGGCAGACGGAUUGGUCGAAGUUCCCCGCCCUUUGCAAUUCCUCAUCAUUUCGAUGACACCACAGACGGAGUUUGUCCAAGAGGCGGCAUUUUACCAGGCCUGCGAGAAAGCGGUCAGCAGAGACGAAGUUUACGCUGCGUGCAAGUACCAGUUAUGCCACUGGAUUUUCCAGGGCGAUGAUCUUGAACGCGGCGGAAGGAGCAGUGCAUCCGAAGAAUCCGAUCCAUUUGAAGAGGUGGAGGUGGCAGAAGAUGAACCUGAGGAAAUCGAAUCGGUUUCCCUGAAGGAUCAGAUAAAGGCAGCGCCUCGCAGGUGUUUUCAUCGAAUGUGUCCACCCCUUCGUGAUCUCGCACUUGGACUUGUUGCUGUAAUUAAGCGCUACCCCAGCGACUUUAAGGAUGCAUUUGUCAAUGGCAAUGCCACCGUGGCUGUCGGAAGCAUCCUCUUCGUCUACUUUGUCAUCUUUUCACCGGCCAUCACCUUCGGCACUCUGAUGUCUACCCAAGUGAACUCAGCAUACUCCGUAUCUAACAGUAUCCUGACAAGCGGUUUCCAGACAAUACUCUACAGCCUGUUUGCUGGCCAACCGAUCGCUAUAAUAGGACCAUCAGGGCCUGGAUUUAUAAUGGAAAAACUUGUUGCAAGGGAGGCGGCGGAAAUUAACAUGGAUUACUGGUGCUUCCGAUCGUGGGUUCUAAUGUACGCGAUCAUCAUGGGUUUUUUUCUGUUGGCGCUCAAUCUCUCCGAAUUGACAAUGCAUGCAAAGAAGUCGUUGGAAGAGCUAUUCAGCGCAUUUAUCUCAGGCUACCUGAUAAUCAAAGCCAUGUUUUCUUUGCUCAGGAAUAUUCCGCAAACAUUGCCUGUACUGAAUGGGACAGUUGACGAGACGAUGCGACGUAUCUGGCAUAUUGCAGCGGACUAUGGCGUGGACAACUUCCUGGCCCUGCUUAUGGUCUGCUUUUCGAUGACAAUUGUUAAAUUCAAAACCAGCCAUUUGGUUCGACGUCGGGUACGCUUCUGGGUCGGAGCCAUGAAUGUUCCACUUGGGAUGAUUGCAAUUUCUGCCAUGAAUCGGAUAUUCUUUUGGGCAUAUGAUAUCAAACGGCUCAAGAUCCCACCAGUGACUGAACUUAAUUACUCCACCUGGUUUAACAUACCGAACUUUAGUAAUAUGACAAACUACGGCACUGCUUCUGCCUCUUAUGCCCACGGACGCGCUGUGAUUUUUGGCUUUAUUCUUGGUAUUCUCAUCUUUGUUGAGAUAGCACUGAACAGUAUUGUACCCUUGCGAGGACUGUCAAAGAAGAAAAGCCCAAUCGUCGUAGACCAUUUCCUUGCGAACAUCAUUUUCCCCAUAAUGGGUCUUUGCCUUGGAAUGCCAAUUUUGUCCGGUGUGCCAAUUCGAACAAUCGCAAACAUGGUUGCCUUGGCUAGGAUGGAAUCACACCCAGCUCCCGGAAAACCACCAAAGUACGUAAAAUACCGCUUGCUAUUUGAACAUUCACUUUAA